AUGCAACAACAACAACAAAAAAGGAGUGGUUUUAUAUCCAUAGAAACUACAACAAAAUGUUGUUCAAGAAAAGAGUUGCAUAAAAUUAUCGGAAAUAAAAAUUCAUCUUACUAUCAGACUCAUCCUAUAGAUUCAUCUUACUAUCAGACUCAUCCUAUAGAUUCAUCUUACUAUCAGACUCAUCCUAUAGAUUCAUCUUACUAUCAGACUCAUCCUAUAGAUUCAUCUUACUAUCAGACUCAUCCUAUAGAUUCAUCUUACUAUCAGACUCAUCCUAUAAAUUCAUCUUACUAUCAGACUCAUCCUAUAGAUUCAUCUUACUAUCAGACUCAUCCUAUAGAUUCAUCUUACUAUCAGACUCAUCCUAUAGAUUCAUCUUACUAUCAGACUCAUCCUAUAGAUUCAACUUACUAUCAGACUCAUCCUAUAGAUUCAUCUUACUAUCAGACUCAUCCUAUAGAUUCAUCUUACUAUCAGACUCAUCCUAUAGAUUCAUCUUACUAUCAGACUCAUCCUAUAAAUUCAUCUUACUAUCAGACUCAUCCUAUAGAUUCAUCUUACUAUCAGACUCAUCCUAUAGAUUCAUCUUACUAUCAGACUCAUCCUAUAGAUUCAUCUUACUAUCAGACUCAUCCUAUAGAUUCAUCUUACUAUCAGACUCAUCCUAUAGAUUCAUCUUACUAUCAGACUCAUCCUAUAGAUUCAUCUUACUAUCAGACUCAUCCUAUAAUCAGAUUUAUCCCAUUAUCAGAUUUAUCCUAUAAUCGACUCAUCCUAUUAUCGCUAUUCUUAUUAAAAUUUUAA